AUGAGAAUUCUUAUGAUAAAAGAAAUACAAUCUCUUACAGUGAUAUUGGGUACUGUUAGAGGCAAUAAUGUUACGCACAACAAUCCCAUACUACCUGGGUGGCACAGCGAUUCCAGUUGCGUCUUUGUCCCUGAGUUCGACAACACCUUUUUCUGCACCACAUCAAGUUUCAUGGCACUUGCAAGUAAUGCUCUAAGCCGAGUGGCCCAGCUACCCGAAGUUCAAACUGCAACAAAUGAGCAAUUCACCGGCAUGCUUGCCAACACUCUGCGGUACCACAAGGGAAAAUUCUAUCCCAUCUCGGCAUGGAUCAAUACCACAUUUGGCGUACCUCGCUCUGUUCUGAGCACGGCAACCGAUCCUUUCGACGACAGCUCAUGGAGUGAUUACCUGUUUGUCCAAACAUCUGGUUUCACGAUUGACCCCGAUAUCUUCUUUGAUGACGACGGUACCGUAGUAGUUGCGUCUUCGGGGAGUCCCAUUCAAGCUUGCUAUUUGGACAUGACUACUGGGAAUACGAGCAAACCAUGGCCAUUGUGGAACGGUACGGGUGGUGCCAGUGCGGAGGGACCUCACAUCUUUAAGAAAGAUGGCUACUACUACCUAUUGAUCGCAGAAGGAGGUACUCAACUCGGGCAUCGAGCGAGUAUGGCGCGCGCAAUGAAUUUGACGGGCCCAUGGGAAGCUUCACCAAACAAUCCUCUAGUCUCUAAUAGCGGAACUAAUGAAUAUUUUCAAACCGUAGGGCAUGUAGACCUAUUUCAGGACGGAAAAAAAGAAGUGCCAAGCAAGGGUUGGCCAUACGCUGACCAGGUGCGUGGAAAGAUGCAGGGGCCACUACAAAAGCGAAACUCCUUGACACCCAGCAAGGGUUUGAGCAUUGCUAGGGGAGCGCCUGAUGUUGUGGAUUCUUCGCCAGGAUCUAAGAUACCACCGCAUUGGAUUUUCUGGCGCGCUCCCUUCAACAGUUCAACCUUCCAGAUAUCACCCAAAGGUCACCCGAACCAACUUCAAAUUCAGUCCGCAAGGGCGAACCUCACAGCUGAUGCGCAAUUAAAUGCCUCCCGGGAAGGACUCUCAGCCGUGUUCCGGCGACAGGAGCACAUCUUCUUCAACUACACUGUCGACCUGCACCCCAACUUCGGCAAAUCAGCAGGCGACGAACUGGGCGGAUCAAACUUUCUGAACCAAGACCAGCACGUGGAUCUCGGCAUCGUCUACCUCAACAACACUACUAGCAGUGGUGCUCUGCAGCCUUAUUUCCGUUUCAGAGCAAACUCCGUACGCUAUCCCAUUCCUCAAGAAAAAAUCGAGCCGAUCCCCCAAUCCUGGCUGACAAGUCCCAUCCACAUACACAUCUCUCCAAACAACAAAAGCAGCUACAGUUUCUUUGCAUCACCAAGCACGAGAAGUCACGAAGAGAGACACAUUGUCGAUUAUAGUACUGCACUUCUUGCUGGAGACGGUGCUGGAUCGGGGGGACUUGUUGGGGUUUACGCAACGACAAAUGGAAAUUCUGCCACGUUCCGCGGAUACAUGAGUAGAUGGCGGUGUAGUGGAGUAGCGCAAAAGAUUGACUAUGAUACUUUGGUGUCUUUUUAG